AUGACUUUGACACCUAAUAUUUCUCAUGUACUGUCACUAAUCAAAUUAAAUAUAGUUACCGAUUAUAACGAAAACCUCACAAAGUACAAGGAUACUUGGAAUAAGAUUAUGUCGCCGACCCGUGCCGCCGGUUUAGUUAUAUACAAAUAUUCCAAUGAUCUCAUACAAUUUUUGUUAUUACAAACAUCCUACGGUAUACACCACUGGACUCCACCCAAAGGGCAUGUUGAUCCAGGGGAGUCUGACUGGGAAACUGCACUGAGAGAAACAAAAGAGGAAGCAGGCUACUGUCAAAAGGAUUUAGAGAUUGAUGAGAGCUCAAAAAAGACACUUUUCUAUAAUGUGAAUGGUAAGCCGAAGGAGGUAAUAUACUGGCUGGCGAAAUUAAAAAAUCCUGACACACCAGUCAUACUAUCUGAUGAGCAUCAGGAUUUCAAAUGGCUUCCACUACAUCAAGCUCAGGAAUUGUCCGGAUAUGAAGAUAUGAAAAAGUUACUCGCUGAGUAUUAUGAAACAGUUAACAAUGUGAAACACUAA